AAAUUUUCCCGGGGCCAGAUGAACGGCUGUUCAUACACGAUCAUGUGAGCUGCAUCAGCCCACCUCCCCCUCAGAAGCAUCCUAUAUAUUCUAAUUUCAGUUAUAUACCGACUCCCCCCCCCCACAGAAAAAGCAAUUAAAAGUUCUUCUUCUCUUCACGGAUUUUCAAACAAUUUUCUGAUCGAAAGUGGGCGGUUUGGUUAAAAGGAAGUUGUAUUCACAGUUCCACGCAUCACAGCCUCUCAUGCCAAUGCAUCUCAUUUUCAACCUUCCGGAACUCUAUCCCCUCCGCCAGAGAAAGCCUUAAACCCUCUUUCUGGGUUUCAGUAUUUUUUGGGAACUGUGUCUUGUGGGGGUGAGCAUGGCUACGCACUCAAGCUCUGCUUCGGGAGAUGGCAACAUCAGAGGAGUGCUCACACAUGGAGGUCGAUACGUUCAGUACAAUGUGUAUGGUAACUUGUUUGAGGUCUCAGCUAAGUAUGUUCCUCCGAUUCGCCCCGUUGGUAGAGGAGCAAGUGGCCUUGUCUGUGCUGCUGUGAAUUCAGAAACACAUGAGGAGGUUGCCAUUAAGAAAGUUGGUAAUGCAUUUGACAACCAAAUAGAUGCCAAGAGGACAUUAAGAGAAAUUAAGCUUCUUCGCCACAUGGAUCAUGAGAAUGUUAUUGCCAUCAAAGAUAUAAUAAGACCCCCAAAGAAGGAGACCUUCAAUGAUGUUUACAUUGUUUAUGAAUUGAUGGACACUGAUCUCCAUCACAUAAUUCAUUCUAACCAAUCGUUGACAGAUGACCAUUGUCAGUACUUUCUGUAUCAGCUGCUACGAGGACUGAAGUAUGUACAUUCAGCAAAUGUCUUGCAUCGUGAUCUUAAACCUAGCAAUUUGCUUUUGAAUGCAAGCUGCGACCUUAAAAUUGGAGACUUUGGUUUGGCAAGGACAACAUCUGAAACGGAUUUUAUGACUGAAUACGUUGUCACUCGAUGGUAUCGGGCACCAGAGUUGCUCCUUAAUUGCUCAGAGUACACUGCUGCAAUUGAUGUUUGGUCUGUUGGUUGCAUUCUUGGGGAAAUAAUGACCAGAGAGCCUCUAUUCCCUGGAAAAGAUUAUGUUCAUCAAUUGAGGCUAAUCACAGAGCUGCUAGGUUCACCCGAUGAUGCCAGCUUGGGUUUUCUCCGAAGUGAUAAUGCCCGAAGAUAUGCAAGACAGUUCCCUCAAUACCCAAAGCAACAAUUCUCUGCUAGAUUUCCUGGCAAAUCUCCUGGGGCAGUUGAUCUUCUAGAGAAAAUGCUUGUUUUCGAUCCCAGCAAACGCAUUACAGUUGAUGAAGCACUUUCCCAUCCAUAUUUGUCAUCUCUCCACGACAUCAAUGACGAGCCUGUUUGCCCGAGGCCUUUCAGUUUUGAUUUUGAGCAACCAUCAAUCACUGAAGAAAGCAUUAAGGAGCUCAUCUGGAGGGAAUCAGUGAAGUUCAAUCCAGACCCAACUCAUUAGGAGAAAUGUGAUCAUGGCCCUUUGCAUAUGCUGUAGAACUAUAUUGGGAAUUGCUUUUUCUUAUGAAUGUGAUGCAUAGUCAAUCAUCCAUUGUAAGAUUUCCUAGAAAAAGCAGUAAUCUUGUGUGCUUAUCAUUUGAAACUUUUGUUAAUUCUUGUAAAAGGAGAUGAAGCCAAACUGAUCAAGGAUUUAGAAUCCCAAAUAUGAGCAAGUCCAUGUUAUUGUACAUUCCUGGGGUCAGGAACCUCUUAUAAGUUGUAGCAGUUCAAGAAACUGGGCAGGUUAUUUCCAUUAAUAGCAAGUGACCUUCAGAGUUGUGGAGCUUGGAGCACAGAUAUUCUGGAUAUUGUAAUAAGUAAUCAAUCUGGAUUUUCUUGCUCAAAUAAAAAUAACUUUCGUGAGUCA